UUUUGAAGAGGGAUCGCAAUGUAUGCUGCAUUCAAAACAACUGUGAACUCGGAAAAAUACGAGGUCAAAUUAUGACCUCGGUGAUCUUCAUGUCGGAGAUUGUCGGAGAUUCAUUGUAAAUACGAAUGUGUUCUUAACUUACUUGCUUGCCUUAACUUACUUGCCUGGUUAAAUCAAAAGGAAACAAUGGCUUCAGUCCAAACACUUAAAAGACAAACCCUCAGCCCUCAAAUUAAUUGGACACUUCUGAUGCCGCCUGACGAGUAUAAACUUGCAAGGUUCCCCAUCAGUAAACCUCAGCUUGCCAACCAAUGGGUACAAAGUUUGGGGAUGAAAAACUUCAUCCCUACACCUAACACUUGCCUCUGCUCAGAGCAUUUUAACCCAGAUUGUUUCCGAGACUACAAUGGCAAACAGUUUCUUAGGGAAGAUGCAGUGCCCACCAUUUUCGGUGCUGAUUCAUCGAAGCCUGAAUUACGAAAAAGGGGGAUGAUGACCAAGGACACAAAUGCGGCUAAUCGCUUCGGGGCACCAUCAGACCGGGAGAGGGCUAAGGCGCUGGAGAAGAGCAAGGCCAAAGAGAAACGACAGAGUACCCGGGAUACUGGCAAGGGAAGAGGUGAUGGCAGAAGACGAGGAGGAGGAGGAGGAGGAGGACGAGGAGGUGUCUCCUCAAACACUGACCGACAGACUAUAGGGGCGAAGAGCAAAGUGUAUGACAGCAAAGGCCGCCUGCUCUCCUGCGGCAAGGACAUUUGUGACUGCCUGGACGCGGACUGCAUGGGCUGCUUCUACCCCUGCCCCGAGUGCAGCUCCCGCAGGUGUGGCGUGGAGUGCCGCUGUGACCGCAAGUGGCUCUACGAGCAGGUUGAGGUGGAGGGGGGAGAGAUCAUCCGCAACAAGUACGCUGGCUAGACUCCCCCACACUUAGACCUUGAACUAUGACUGUUGUCGAGAUCAAUAAUCUUUUGUUUUUUUUCUUUCUGUAGAGCGAGAAUAAGAAAUGGUCUGAAGUUGCCAAAAGAGAAACUUGAUUUGAUUAUGUAUCAAGAGUAAAUGAAUAAAAAAGAAUACUCCCACAAUGGUUUCAACCAGGUGUUAUAGACGCUGCAUAUGUAGUUUAAUUCCUGUACAGAGGUUCAAUUCAAGAAAGUGUAUACACAUACACUUCACCGGUGCCUCGCUAUGAGAACUCAUGCAAGGGGGAAAAAAGGUAUAUGACGGAGAUUUGUUUUGACCUUUUUUGAAACUAUGCAUACGUGAAGAAUUUUCUGUGUUUUGAUUAGUGAUUUACAUCUAUUUUUGUGCCCCCAGCUGUCUAUUACAUUGGUCUCGAUUCAUAUUAAAAUGUGAGUGUUCAGAAUCCAA